AAAAGAGAACAGCUCGUUCCAUAUAAAAACAUUAAAAAUGCAAUUAGUCACAUGUUCCUUUGAGACUAAUCGCGAGCCUAUUCCGAACUUGUUGCAUGUUUUGCAAGGUUUAGUAAAAUCGGCUCUCUCCAAAGCGAGAUUAUUACGACUAUCUUGGUGACUAUAAAAGCGAUGCAUUCAGGCUAUGUGGGGUAUUCGAAAGUUUUAAAGCAAUCAUGGUUAAUGCGGGUAGUGAGUCUUGUGGCGAAAAUGCCUUAAUCACACCAGAGUGGAUAAACGAAGAGUUCUUCAAGCGCAUUCUCGAUAAAGACGAAAGUGAAAGUGUGAAGAUCUAUAAAUUGCUGCUCUCAUCCGGCACUGCCAAAACUGAUAACUACGCGACUGUACUGUAUCGUGCUAAGAUAAAGUAUGCUUUGUGUUCCCAGCUUACUCAAGAGAAAUUUCGUUCAUUUGUAAUGAAAACCGAGCAUUUUGAACCGAACUGCCUGCAGAAGGAUAAAUUGAGUGAAAUGACUCUUUUUGAAACCGAAGUGCGAAUGUAUACGAGUGUGUUGCCGACAAUUGAAGCGAAGCUGCGCGAGUUUGGUGAUCAGACGCUAUUGGCACCGAAGAUUUUCCACUACAGCUUGGAAGCGCCGCGUAACAUAGUAUUCGAAGAUCUUGUGGCUGAAGGUUAUUCUCUCAUCAAUAACCGUUCCGGUAGUUUGGAUGAAAUCAAGUUAGCUAUAAAGAAAUUAGCUAAAAUACAUGCAAUCAGCUUUCAAAUGGCACAAAUGGGAAAUAGGGAUAUUACCACAUUCAAUAAGACCUACGUCAACACGGUGAAUGUAGAUGACUUUACUAUCUUAAGAGAUGGGGUGAAACUAAUGAAAGAAGUGAUUAGUGAUCAGCCAGAUCUUCAAAAAUAUUUACCACACUUCGAGGCGGCAGAAAAAUUUUUAUUUCCCAAGGUUUUGGACUUAUUAAAUGCGUAUAAAAACGGUAAACGUAGUGGAGUGCAAGUAUUGAAUCACGGUGAUUUUCAUGGGAAAAAUUUAAUGGUGAAAUAUGUCGAUAAUGAGCUGAAAGAGUUAAUGCUGCUCGACUAUCAAACCUGUAUUUUUGGAUCUCCGGCUAUAGAUUUACAUUAUGCUUUUACAAUGAUGUUCAGCCCUAGCAUGCGAUUAGAGAAAAUGGAUGAACUGCUUUAUUACUAUACAAAGCAUUUUCAAGACACUCUACAUUGUGUGCAGUACCAAGGACAUAUUCCAACCAUUAAGGAAAUAAGGGCGGAGAUGUGCAACUAUAGACAUUGGGGUCUUUACCUGAUUUGCACUUUGCUUUGCCUCAACUAUGCCUUCAUGGAUGGCUUUGACAUGAACGAAAUUGUCGAGUCGGAGACCGCAAGGCUUUCAUUAUUCGCGAAGACGAAGAUUUUGGAUGAGCUGCGCUUAUUGCUUCCACGCCUCUUAUAUUUUGGUUAUUUUGAGGAAUAAUACACUGACGCGUAUAUAAUAGGGGUUUCCCGAAAUUAAACAUUUUUUUAAAAUUUAUUUAUAAUAUUUGUUUUUAUUAUUCUUUUGUUUUUAUUUACUAUUGUAAAUAACCUAAAUGCAAAUACAUUGGUAGAAUGGUGUGCAACUCA